AGCACAUGCUGCACAUUAAAAAUUUUCUCAUUCUCUUAGAAUGUUUAUCUCAUUGAUUGCCAUUAUCAUUGGGUAACAAAAACAUAUUUUGUUCUAAAAUUACCAAUGUACCAUCAUAGUUGUCUGAUUCUCCUUUUAUUCCGUCAAAAUUUUUCUCUUCAUAUCCAACUUUUCUGAAGUAUUACUUAAAUUUGCUACUUAUGUACAUAAAACAUACACGACAAAGCAAUGGCAGCCAAAAUCGGAUUAUUCAGGCAUGGCUUUGCAGAUUGGAGCAAGGAAAGUCUGCUUUCGAGAGAAGGGUACUCAGAGCUUGGUUUGGGCAGCUCUGAAGAUGACGAAGAAAGCGUAAAAUGCAGUUGCUUUGAUUCAGUGAGAAAAUCCAUUACCAGUUAUUUGAAUAGUUUCCAGGAGACUGCUGAGAAGUUGUGUGAAAUGGGCCGAUCAGAUCCUCGAAAAAUAAUUUUCGCAGCCAAGAUGGGACUGUCACUAGCACUAGUGUCAGUGAUCAUAUUUUUCAAGGAAGAACUUGGGAGUGCUAGCCAGUAUUCUGUUUGGGCAAUUAUCACUGUUGUUAUGGUUUUCGAAUUCAGCGUAGGAGCUAUGCUUAACAAAGGGUUUAAUCGUACAUUGGGUACAUUAUGCGCUGGUGGGUUCGCUAUGGGACUUGCAGAGCUAUUUAUGAUGCUUGGAGGAGUGUUCGAAGUUUAUAUCAUAAUCAGUGUAUUUGUUACAGGAUUUUGUGCUAGUUAUGCCAGAUUGUACCCAACACUGAAGUUAUAUGAAUAUGGGUUACGGAUAUUUGUGUUGACAUUUUGUAUUGUAAUAGUAUCUGGGACUUCAUCAUCAACGAUUUUACGAACGGCUUUCUACCGGUUAUCGAUGGUCGGAGUUGGUGCCGGUGUUAGUUUGGUUGUAAAUACAUGUAUUUGCCCCAUUUGGGCAGGGGAGGAUCUGCACAAAUUGGUGGUGAAAAACCUCAAGGGUGUUGCUACUUCUUUGGAAGGCUGCGUAAAUGAGUACCUUCAAUGUGUUGAAUAUCGUAGGGUUUCUUCGAAAACACUUACAUAUCAGGCUUCUGAUGACCCUGUGUACAAUGGCUGCAGAACAGCAGUGCAAUCGUCAAGCAAUGAGGAAUCCCUCUUGGACUUUGCGCUAUGGGAACCACCUCAUGGACCUUAUAGAACAUUUCAUUAUCCCUGGAAAAACUAUGUGGAAGUAGGUGGUGCAUUGAGGCAUUGUGCAAUCAUGGUAAUGGCAAUGCAUGCAUGUAUAAUAUCUGAAAUACAGGCACCACCAGAAAAGAGACAGGUUUUUCGAAGUGAGCUUCAAAUGGUCAGUACUAAAGGAGCUAAAGUGUUACGUGAGCUGGGAGACAAGGUUGAAAAGAUGGAAAAAUUAAGCUCCAAAGACAUUCUCCUGGAAGUGCAGGAGGCAGCAGAAGAAUUGCAAAUGAAGAUAGACCAUAAAUCAUAUCUGCUAGUCAAUUCAGAGAGCUGGAGAUCCGAAAAACUUCCCAAAGAAAUUGAAGAUCCUCCUCAAAACUUCCUUGAUGCCAACAACAAUAUUGAAGACAAACCAUUAGUGACCAACUCUAGUAAUGAAACAAUCAUUGACUUUGGAUUUGUUCCUGUGCCAAGAACCUGGGAGGUUCAUGUUCCGAACACGGACACCAAUAGGUCCCUCCCAGCAUGGCCUUCAUCAGGCAUGCCAUUUAAUGGCGAUCACAUGUUUAAUGAGCAGGAAGCAAGGACAUAUGAAAGUGCAAGCUCUUUGUCAUUGGCAACAUUUGCUUCACUUUUGAUUGAGUUUGUUGCAAGGCUUCAAAAUCUUGUGGAUUCAUUCCAAGAGCUUAGCGAGGCUGCAAAUUUUAGGGAACAGAUGGUCACACAAGCAGAAAAAGAGGUGGGUGGGUUUUGGACAAGAUGUUUUUGGUGCUUUUGGUUCAAGAGUAGUUGACAUCUUGGUGAUGACUGACUGUUGAGAAACAACACUGUAUCUCUCUAGAAAUCUCCCCACCCACCACCACCACCACAACCACCACCACCACCACCCCCACACCCCCACCCCCAAACUUCUCUGUAUAUCUGUCACACCUACUUAUAUGUAUGUAUAUCUGUCACACCUACUGGUUUAGGUGCUGUUUGAUAAAAUUAAUUAAAAAUAAAGUACCGAAAAUUUUA